AUGUGCAGAUUUGUCGUUUGUAUUUACGUUUUACUUGUCGUUACCAUCUACACUAAUUCGUUUUCCAUUAGUCCAUCUGAUAACAAAAUACAGUCAAUCGAACAAGUGAACGAUGAGAAAGUACAUAAGAAUAAUCGAAAUGUAAUCAUGUUCAUCGAUGAUCAAAUUAAUAAUCGAGAUUCAAAUAUAAACAAACAGAAUAUCAUUGUUUCACGAAUCAAUUCCGACAAUGAUUUACCCAUAGAUCGAAACGGUAAACCAAAUUGA